UACAAAUGGAUUCAAUCUCUAGAAUUAAUAAAAUAAUAAAAACGAUUUUGUCGUAAUCAACUUAAAUUAAUUAUGGCUUCCGUUAUUGCAUCUCACCAAGAUACUAAACAAAUAGAUUCUACAAAUUCUCAAAAACGAGUUGACUGGAAAAAGCAAAAAGAGCUAGAGGAAGCAAGAAAAGCUGGAACUGCUCCUCCUGAAGUUGAUGAGGAAGGAAGGGAUAUUAAUCCUCACAUUCCGCAAUAUAUCACAUCAGUACCAUGGUAUAUUGGAGCUAAUAGACCAACUUUAAAACAUCAACGUUGUCAACCAGAAAAGAAAAAAGUAUUUGCAGGUUUAGAAGAUUUUUACAAAAAGGGAGUUGAUGAGGAAAAAAUUUCAACAAAAUUUAGAAAGGGUGCAUGCGAGAACUGUGGUGCUAUUACACAUAAGAAAAAAGACUGCUUAGAGCGUCCUCGUAAAGUUGGAGCAAGAUUUACCGGUGAUGACAUAAAGCCUGAUGAACUAUUGCCAGGAGAAUUAAACUUUGACUAUGAUGGCAAAAGAGAUAGAUGGUCUGGUUAUGAUGUCAAUGUACACAGUAAAGUUUUAGAAGAAUAUGCUAAAGUUGAUGAAGCAAAAAGGCAGUUAAAAGCUGCUCAGCUGGAAGAAGAGUUACAAUCAGGAAAAAAAAUAACUAAACUGAAUAAUGAUGAUGAAGAAGAAGAAAAGUAUGCAGAUGAAGUAGAUAUGCCUGGCCAAAAGUUUGAUGCAAAUGUGAGGCAAACUGUUCGAAAUUUAAGAAUAAGAGAAGAUACAGCCAAGUAUUUAUACAAUUUGGACCCCAACUCUGCCUUCUAUGAUGCUAAAACUCGUUCAAUGAGAGAAAAUCCUUUUACUAAAAAUGGUGGAGCUGAAAAAAUGGUUGAUUAUGUUGGGGAUAAUUUUGUUCGAACAACUGGACAAGUUAAAGAUAUUGCCGGCGCACAACUAUUUGCAUGGGAAGCUUAUGAAAGAGGAGCUGAUGUUCAUUUACAAGCUGACCCCACAAAACUUGAACUGUUGCACAAAACAUAUAAAGUCAAAAAAGAUGCAUUUAAAGAAGAGCAGAAAGGAGGAAUCUUAGAAAAGUAUGGUGGUGCUGAACAUUUAGAGUCUCUUCCAAAAGAAUUGUUACUUGCUCAAACUGAAGAAUAUGUUGAGUAUUCGCGAUCUGGAAAAGUUGUGAAAGGUCAAGAGAGAGCUGUUACUAAAUCAAAGUAUGAGGAGGAUGUUUAUCUCAACAAUCACACAUCUGUGUUUGGAUCUUACUGGAACAACUUCCAAUGGGGUUAUCAAUGCUGCCAUUCUUUUAUUAAAAUGUCAUAUUGUACAGGUGAAGCUGGAAAAUUAGCUUUGAAAAGUGGUGUUGAAGAUAUUUCUACUUCAAAUAGUUCAAGCAUUGCACAAAAGACUUUAGUUGAUAUGCACAAAGAAUCUUUUAAAGAUAAAAAAUCAAAAAUGGCUGAUGAAGAUUCAGCAGCAAAAAACGAACGCCUUAAAAAGGCACUUCAAAAAGAAGAGGAACAUAUAAAAAAUAUGAGUUCACUAUUAGAAAUAGACGAAAGAAAGCGUGCAUAUAAUUCGUUAAACACGGAAAACCGGGAACCUACUGAAGAAGAAAUGACCGCAUACCGUAUAAAAAGAUUACGAUCAGAUGAUCCUAUGGCACAGUUCUUGAAAUAAGUGUUAAAAUUAUAUUUUGUAAUUAUUUUGUAUCAAAUGAUUAUAUUUAAAUAUAUGUAUAUAGUAUGUAACAAUUUGCAAAUAUUGAUCACCAGAUUGAUUCA